ACAGCAGAAAUGUCAUCUCCGUCUAAUUCUCCUGCUCCUGCCACGUCCAGCGAUUCACCAGUAUCGCCUCAGCCCCCAAAGACCCUCAAUUUACCAGCUUCCAACCCCACUAGAGAUCGCUCUUCAUCUCCAAUCAGAGGCCAUCUCAUUCCCAGCCCACUCCCAACUAGACGUACAAGAACUUUUUCUGCUACCGCAAGAGCAUCUGAAGGACCAGUCUACAAAGGAGUCUGCAAAUGCUUCUCCCGCUCUAAGGGACAUGGUUUCAUUAUACCUGAAGAUGGAGGGCCUAAUGUGUUUUUACAUAUCUCUGAUAUUGAAGGAGAAUAUGUCCCUGUGGAAGGAGAUGAAGUCACGUACAAGCUUUGCACCAUUCCACCCAAACAUGAGAAACGUCAAGCUGUAGAAGUUGUAAUCACCCAUUUAGCUCCAGGAACAAAGCAUGAGACAUGGUCUGGGCGUAUUAUCGAUUCCUAAAUGUUUAACUCGCAUCAACUGCUACUGACAUGCCUUUGUAGUUUUAUUUUUUUAUGUUCAUAUUUGUUACUAUUCUUUAACAUCAUAAAUUACCGAAUAAAAUGGCAACUGCUAAAAGGGUUA